UCCAAACACCCACAUAGCAAACAAGUUAGAGUUGGACUUCAGAAGACUUGAUUAACGUCAUGGGAAUAUUAGAUAUAUUUCUCCAGGCCUGGAGCACUAGCUCCCUGUUGAUGGCUCUAGUUGUCCUGAUGUGCUUCUACAUAUUAUUUUCUUCCAGCUUCAGCUCCCAGGAUGAAGGAAAGGAACCACCAGGUCCAAAACCACUCCCCUUCCUUGGGAACCUGCUGCAGCUUGACCUGAGGAGACCCUACCACUCAUUAAUGGAGCUUUCCAGAAAAUAUGGAUCAGUGUUUACCAUCUAUAUGGGACCAAAAAAAGUGGUGGUCCUGGCAGGUUACAAGACGGUGAAGGAGGCACUUGUUAACCAUGCUCAAGAGUUUGGAGACAGAGACCCAUUUCUAAUUUUUGAGGAAUAUAAUCAAGGGCAUGGCAUUACAUGGGCCAAUGGUGAAUCAUGGAAAGAGAUGAGACGCUUUACCUUGACUAACCUCAGAGACUUUGGAAUGGGAAAGAAGGCCUGUGAGGACAAAAUCAUUGAGGAAUGUAACCAGCUUAUUGGAGUGCUAAAGCAAUUCAAAGGAGAAGCUUUUGAUACGACCACACCAAUAUUUUGUGCAGUCUGUAACAUUAUUUGCUCGAUGGUCUAUGGCAGCAGAUUUCAAUAUGAUGAUCCAGAGUUUAGGUCUCUGCUGGAGGAUAUGAGCAGACGUGGUCGACUUUUGGGCACCAUUUCAAUCCAGGUGUACAACAUGUUCCCAAGGUUCUUCAAAUGGAUUGGGAACAGGAAGCUUUUCUUCAGAUUGGGUGUUGCCAGUAGAAAACAGAACCUAAAGAUUAUCUGUCAUUUGAAAGAGACCCACAUACCACAGAUGUGCAGAGGAUUUGUGGACGCCUUUCUGCUCAGGAAGCAACAUCUUGAGACAUCUGGGAUUACCAACAGUCACUUUCACGAUGACAACCUUAUGGCAACAGUCUUGAAUCUCUUUGCUGCUGGCACUGACACAACAUCAAAUACACUGAGAUGGGCACUUCUGCUUGUGACCAAGUAUCCAGAAAUACAAGACCAGGUCCAAGAGGAGCUGAGCAGAGUGAUAGGACCUCGUCAAGUACAAAUUCAGGACAGAAAGAACCUGCACUUCGUCAAUGCUGUCCUCCAUGAGAUACAGAGAUUGGCUAACAUUGCCCCAAUAUCGGUUCCUCGCAAAACUAGCCAAGAUGUGACCUUUGAAGGUCACUUCAUUAAGAAGGGGACCACAGUGUUUCCUUUGUUGACGUCUGUCCUGUAUGAUGAGAGUGAAUGGGAGAACCCACACAGCUUUUAUCCUGCUCACUUCCUUGACAAAGAUGGACGGUUUGUGAAGCGAGAUGCCUUCAUGCCUUUCUCUGCAGGUCUCAGAGCUUGUCCCGGAGAAAGUUUGGCCAAAAUGGAGCUCUUCCUCUUUUUCACCAGCCUCCUGCAGUACUUUAGAUUCACCCCUGCUCCAGGAGUUUCAGAGGACUUACUCGAUCUGACUCCAUGCCUGCACCUAACCCUCGACCCAGUACCGCAUAAACUGUGUGCUGCACCUCGAAUAUGAGGAGUUUACCAGGAGGGACUAAGUUCAACACAACUGAAGUAUUUGGGAUGAUGAAUAUUGAUUGGAUGUCAGAAGUGCUUAUGUGCAAGCAAUCAAAAAUGAUUAUAUAGCUAUUACUGGCACAAUCAUUCUAAAUAUAUUACAUAAUGUCUUUCUUGUAACUUGAAAUGUAAAAUACGAAUGAAUGUAACUCUUUUAUCUUGAAGUUUUACAUUUUCCAAGUUGAGUAACACAGCAAUAAAGUUAUAAACUUUAAGGAACUCUCCUCAUCAAAAACGCUUCAAAAUCAAUACGACAAAUCUUCCUGCAGCAAACCUAUCCACCAAAGAUAAUGUGAUUUUUAAAGGGAUAUACAAUUAAAACCAGUCUGACCAAAGUAGAGGGUUCCCCAAUGUCUUCAUAUGUCACUGUACAUUUAUCGUCCUCUCCAACAUUAUGUAUCUGUGAAACAAAAUUGAACAAAUGUGUCCACCUAUCGUCAAAAUAAAACAUUUCAUAAUGUAUUUUUUUAUUUUAAACAUUACAA